GGAGUUCUUCUAUAUUCAGAUGGAAAAGUAUCAUGCAGACGAUCUAGCUGUCAAUGCAGACUCUGAGUUGUUCCGUCACCUCAAUCUGCAUUACAACAGGAAUAAUCAGUUAGAGGUCCCGCUCAACUUCCUUGCUGCAGUUCAAGCUGCUCUGAAAGAGUUCUUCAAAGCUGUGCAGUCAAACAAAGACGUGGAGCCUUCUUGGAAGAAGUCCAUCUACAAGAUCAUUGCUCGCAUGGAUGAGACCCUGCCAGACUUCUUCAAGUCGCCCAACUGGAUGGAGCAGCUUGGCGAUCAGUAG